CGUGUGGACGGAGGUGUCGUUACGAUGCUGUUUGUUUACAGCUAAUUUUUUCGGUUUUGUACGGAUGUAUCGAGGGUCUUUCAGGAUGAGAUUUCUGGGUUUAACUGUGUCCUUACUGGCGAUUUUCCCCUGACAUUGUUUUCAAUCGAACUCGUUCUUUGAUCUGCCACUUUUUCCAGGAAAAAGAGACGGGCCCCCGGCGUGGUGACCAUGGAGUUAAAUUUAAAUCGUGUCGACUACCUACAGGUGGGAGUUACUUCCCAAAAGACUAUGAGGCUCUUACCUGCAUCAGGACGCCGAACAAUCCAAAAGGUUGUUAUUGGAGAUCAAGAUGGAGUGGUUACUUGUUUUGGAAUUAAAAAGGGAGAGGCAGUUCCAGUGUUCAAGACCUUGCCAGGACAGAAAGUUUCCAGGUUGGAACUGGGAGGAGCUGUUGGUACUCCACAGGAGAAGAUCUUUAUAAGUGUUGGCUCGGAGGUGCGCGGGUUCACUAAAAAGGGAAAGCAGUUUUUGUCGUUUGAGACUAACCUCAUGGAAAGUAUUCGAGCUCUGUAUGUGUCUGGUGCAGAUCUUUUUUUGUGUGCAAGUUAUAUCUAUAACCACUACUGUGACUGUAAGGAUCAGGACUACUACCUAUCCAGUGACAAGAUCAAUGAUAUAAUCUGCUUGCCAGUGGAAAAAGUAGGCAAUAUUACACCAAUACUUGCCUGCCAAGACCGGGUGCUUAGAGUAUUAAAGGGAUCUGACCUGUUAUAUGAGGUGGAAGUCCCUGGAGUACCUAAAGUCCUGGCAUUAAACAAUGGAAAUGGAGGUGCCUCUGGAGAAGAGCUAAUAUAUGGAACAUCUGAUGGGAAAAUAGGAGUGGUACAGAUUACUAAAAGUUCUCCAUUACAUCGUUGGGAAAUUUCCAAUGAUAAGAAAAGAGGAGGUGUUCUGUGUGUUGACUACUAUGAUAUCCUGGGAGAUGGCGUCAAAGAGCUGCUUGUUGGCCGUGAUGAUGGAAUGGUGGAAAUCUAUGGGUUUGAUAAUAACAGUGAGCCUGUCCUUCGAUACGAGCAUGCUUUGUCUGAAAGCAUCACUUCUAUUCAAGGAGGAUGUGUUGGAAAAGAAGGAUAUGAUGAAGUUUUGACAGCCACAUACACAGGCUGGGUGAUGGCUCUAACUACAGAGCCAGUUCAGAGAGAGCCAGGGCCUUGUGAUGAUGUGAAGAUAAACCAGGAGAUGCAGAAUAAACUCAUGAAUUUGAGGGUGGAGUUGGACCAGUUACAAUUGAAGGUGCUUCAAGAACGUGAGAAGUACCACCAGUCAGCACAUUCAAGUGAUGCAGUUUCAGCAAUGCCUGUGUUUAAUGUGAAUGAUAAGUUUACUCUAAACCGUGAUGAUGCAAGCUACAGCCUCACCCUCGAAGUGCAGACAGCUAUUGACAAUGUGCUGCUGCAGAGUGAUGUCCCAAUUGAUCUACUGGAUGUAGACAAAAAUUCAGCUGUGGUCAGCUUCAGUGGAUGUGAUGCAGAGCAGAAUGGUAAUUUUCUCCUGGCUACUUAUCGAUGCCAAGCAAAUACCACCAGAUUGGAACUAAAGAUUCGUUCAAUUGAAGGACAGCAUGGAACAUUACAAGCCUACAUUACCCCACGUCUGCAGCCUAAAACAUGCCAGGUCCAUCAGUAUCAGAUCAAACCAUUAUCACUUCAUCAGAGGACACAUGUUAUCGAUCAUAACAGACCAGUAAAUUCGCUGACACUCACAGGACAGUUCAGCUUUGCAGAAAUUCAUUCCUGGGUUGUCUUCUGUUUGCCAGAAGUACCAGAUAAAGUCCCAGUGGGUGAUAGUGUUACAUUUUACUUUCAGAAUACGUUUCUGGAUACACAGUUGGAAUGUACCUACAGAAAAGGUGAAGGAACUUUUAAAUCUGACAACAUCUCUACCAUUUCCAUCCUGAAGGAUGUAUUAACUAAAGAAGCUACAAAAAGAAAAAUCAAUCUCAACAUUUCAUAUGAUGUUAAUGAGGAAUCAGUAAACUACACUUUAAAACUGAUCCAUCCCAAAUUGGAACAUCAGUUGCUGUUAGCCAAGAAAGUCCAAUUGAUUGAUGCUUUGAAGGAGCUGCAAGUUUAUGAAGGAAAUGUGGAUUUCCUAAUACCCGAAUAUCGUUCCAUUUUGGAGGAAGCUGAUAGUCUGCUCGAGGAAUAUAAGAAACAACCUGCUCACUUGGAGAGAUUGUAUGGCAUGAUAACUGACCUCUUUAUAGAUAAAUUCAAAUUCAAAGGUACGAAUGUGAAAACCAAAGUUCCUCUUCUGCUAGAAAUUUUGGAUAAUUAUGACCCUAAUAGUCUUGCAGCAUUCUUUGAUUCAGCAUAGAGAAGCUAUGCAAAGCUUGUUGAUAAACAUAUGUAAAGUUCCUGACUAAAGUACUGUGAUGGGAAUAUGUUCUGUAUUAGUGGUACAGCCAUUUGACCUAAUUGAUGGACAGAAUACACAUGAACUGAUCAGCUUACUGUGG